AUGGCCGGGUAUUCCGAAUUCCGUAUGGAGAAGUGGAUGAAGCUGGUAAGCCCUGGUAAGUCUCCGAAGACCACGGCCGAACUCACCACAGCCGCAGGCCGGGCAAGCGACGAAGUGAUGUGCCGCCCGGUCGCUGACGAGACGCUCCCCGAUCUGCCGCUGCCCGCGCCGAAACGUUUCAAGCGAUCGGCACCGGAACCGGAGGAACCACCUUCGGUGCAGGAGGCCAGUCCAGCGAAGAACAGGAAGCGCAAGCGGGUCGCUGACGAGAUGCUCCCCGAUCUGCCGCUGCCCGCGCCGAAACGUUUCAAACGAUCGGCACCGGAACCGGAGGAACCACCUUCGGUGCAGGAGGUACCGAAGGCCAGUCCCAAGAACAGGAAGCGCAAGCGGGUCGCUGACGAGAUGCUCCCCGAUCUGCCGCUGCCCGCGCCGAAACGUUUCAAACGAUCGGCACCGGAACCGGAGGAACCACCUUCGGUGCAGGAGGUACCGAAGGCUGAGCUGAGUGGGAGGAUGGGGACGAAAUCAUGGGCAAAAUGGAGGGGGAAAUGA